CCUUGCACAGAGUAGACCCAAGAUUUCGAAGGGUAUUCAAUGAGGUUGAGACAGAGAAGGAUAGGGAUUCUGCACUUCAGGAUUCUUGAGAGGGUCCAAGCGGAGCAAGAAGGAUGUGGAGGCAGUGCUCGUGACGCCGAUGAGCCGAAGCGAGUGAACCCCCUUCUCGCCGAGGGCACUGCGAGGCUCUACUACGAGAUCUUGGCUGAAGGCGCGCAUCGUCGUGGGGACUUAGACUAG